AAAAAAACAACCAAGGACAAGACCUAGUUACGUCCAUGCCUGAGCCUGGAAUAAAUGAAACCAUUCUAGAAUAAGAUGGAUGGAAUUCAAGUGGAGAGUGGCAAAGCUAAUUAUAUGGGAGUAUAUGGGGGUAGGGGUAGCCACCCACACCCACACCAACAUCGGUAACUAAUGGUAUUUGAUUUGGGGGCUUCCUGGUGCUAUACAAUCACCAGGAAGCCCCCCCCCCAAAAAAUGUGUUUAUUUACAGACAGUUUGAAGCCAUACCACUGCAGUGCCCCACCCUAAGGGUGGGAUAGAAGCCAGAGGAUUCUGGUUCUGUGUGACAAUGGGCAAAACACCUUAAACUGCAGCACUUGUUUGUGUUCGGUGAGAAGUGAAAGCAGAUGCAAACAAAAAAAAAACCUCUGGAAGUUUUGAACACUGUUGUGAAAGCAGCUUAUUUUAAAAUAAACGUUUAGUGAAAACGACCUGUGCUUUGUGCUGUCCAAUAACCGAUUGCUUUCAACGUUAUAUCAGGGUUAUUUUAUUACAUGACAAUGUAUAAAUAAAAGCCACAAACAAGAAAGAUUUUAGCUACACAGCAAAGCAGUAACAAUGCGCAAAGCGAUUAAGCGGCCUGGACUUUAUUGCUAAGUUACGUAAAACGUCUAUAUUUGUGCGCACCCAUUUCCAAUGACCUCAUGGUGCGAGUUUGCGAGGGAGGAGCUCAACAAUCUGGGAGCUUUCAGUGGAUUCAUGUGGGAGAUAAACCGUAGAGAAACUUUUCAAGUGGGCGAUUCAUGAGUUUUAACAGGGGGAGAGAGAAUUUGCAAGACUCGCAAAAUGUUCAAGGCGGUUUUGAAAAAAAACAGGGAAGGUGGAAAGACUAGCAUAAAACAGCCGGAUGGACAUAGAAUGGAGCAACAACGAGACAAUCCAUUGCAACCCUCUGAUGUUAGACAACCAGGGCAAAGACUAGCUGGAGAAUUCUACCCAUACAGCCCUCAGAGAAGAGGGACAGCUCCCGGGGCUGGGUACCCCCCUGAUUUCUGCACGGGUCCACUGCCUUUCCCAGAGGAAGUGUACAGAUUGAGCCUGUCCAAGGGGGUGUCCAUGUCACUCCCUUCCUCGCCCCUGUUACCUCGCCAGUCCUACGUGAUGCACUCACGGUCCAGUAAGAGAUCUCCAGGUCCGAUCAGGAAGCCAAAGUAUGUAGAAAGCCCCAGAGUUCCCGGGGAUGCAGUUGUUACGGCACUAAGGAAAGUGUCGGAGACGAAGCAGCCUCCCCAGAAUGAACUGCAGUCUGAUAAAGAGCCAAGCUCCUCCCCGGCUGCUCAGGAACUGAUGACAAGACUGGGGUUCUUACUCAGAGAAGGGAUCCCAAGCACGGUUCACGUACCUAUGGAAGACAAGAAUGAAAAGAAGUGCACAAUAGCCAGCCAGGGAAUUAGCCCGUGCUCCACUCUGACAGGCAGUACUGCGUCUCCGAGCACCGACAGUCCCUGCUCCACUCUGAGCAGCUGCAUCAGCAAGCCAGCAAUCAGCAAAACCAGCCCCUGUGGAACCAUAACCAGCCCCAGCUCCACACUCGAAAGCAAGGACAGCGGCAUAAUAGCAACAAUAACCAGUUCAUCAGAGAACGAUGACAGGAGUGGUUCUAGUUUAGAGUGGAGUAAGGAUGCUAGUCUGAGGGACAGUGGUCACCAUGGAAUUAUACACACCCCGCGGGUGGAUGGCUGUUCACCUGUGGCAGAGGAAGACACAGUUUGCCCUGGGGAGGGUCAGCCCAAGGCAGCAGCAGCAGCAGCAGCAGCGGGAGACGGUCCUCUGCCAUACCCACAGCAGAACUCCUCCACCUUCAUGAUGCCGAGGCCCAACUCGGUGGCAGCAACAAGUUCAGCAAAACUGGAAGAUCUGCGCUAUCUUGAUGAACAGCGCAACACUCCACUGCGCACCUCCAUUCGACUACCCUGGCACAGCACUGCCGGUGGCCGGGUACAGCAGGAUAGCAAAGCCCGGUUUGCACCCUAUAAACCAGCUGAUAUCAUGCUUAAGCCUCUGCUUUUUGAAGUGCCAAGCAUAACCACAGACUCUGUGUUCAUCGGAAGAGACUGGCUCUUUCAGCUAAUUGAGGAAAACCUAAAGAAAGAUGAGUCUCCUGAGAACAGAGGGGCAGUCAUCGUGGGGAACGUCGGGUUUGGGAAGACAGCCAUCAUUUCACGUCUGGUGGCACUCAGCUGUCAUGGAGGCAGGAUGAGACAAAUUGCUUCUAACAGCCCCAGUGCAUCCCUAAAAAAUGGGGAUAUGAGCCUUGAUCUACCACUUAGUCAGCCACCACAACCCACUCCCCCUCCCAGUGCCACGAACACCAUGAGGAACGGGAGCUGCUCUGGGACCCCUGAGCUGCAGAGACGAAGGGAAGAGGCUGUGAAACGUCUCGCCACCAAGGUUGUUGCUUAUCAUUACUGUCAGGCAGAUAAUACGUACACGUGCCUGGUGCCUGAAUUCGUCCACAGCAUCGCUGCCCUCCUUUGUCGAGCUCAUCAGCUGACUGCGUACAGGGAUCUGCUUCUCAAAGAGCCACAUCUACAGAGCAUGCUCAGUCUGAGGUCAUGUGUCCAGGACCCAAUGGCAGCUUUUCGAAGAGGAAUUUUGGAGCCUCUUAUAAACGUUAGGAAAGAGAGGAAGAUUCCUGAAGAAGACCACAUAAUUUUGAUUGAUGGGCUCAAUGAAGCUGAAUUCCACAAGCCUGAUUAUGGAGAUACCAUCGCUUCAUUUAUUUCCAAAAUCAUUUCCAGGUUUCCAUCCUGGCUCAAGUUGAUUGUUACUGUGCGAGUCAAUCUUCUGGAAAUUACCAGCUUGCUGCCAUUCUUCAAGUUUUCUUUAGAUGACUUCCCAGAGAACAAAGAUAUCAACACUGAUCUCAAUUCGUACAUCCAGUAUCGAAUCAAUAACAGUAAGGAAAUACUAAACAACAUAUCUCUGAAUGGUAAAGCAGACCCCGUCACUGUGGGCAAGGUGAGUAGCCACUUGAUAACACGCAGCCAGGGCUCCUACCUGUACUUGAAGCUGACCCUUGACCUUUUCGAAAAGGGCCACCUGGUAAUAAAGAGUGCCAGCUACAAGGUGGUACCAGUGUCCCUGUCUGAGCUGUAUCUGCUCCAGUGCAACAUGAAGUUCAUCACCAACUCUGCCUUUGAAAGAACUCUGCCUAUCCUCAAUGUGACAUUGGCAUCCCUGCACCCAAUGACAGAUGAGCAGAUCUUUCAGGCCAUUACUGCAGGCUCUUUGAAUGGCGGGCUGGAUUGGGAGGACUUUCAGCAACGAAUGGAAGGGCUUUCGUGUUUUUUGAUCAAAAGGAGGGACAAGACACACAUGUUUUGCCACCCUUCUUUCCGCGAGUGGCUAGUCUGGCGAUCGGAUGGCGAAAGCACAGACUUCCUCUGUGACCCACGGAGUGGACAUGCUCUCAUGGCAUUUAUGCUUUCACGCCAAGAAGGGAAAUUAAACCGUCAGCAGACAAUGGAACUUGGUCACCAUAUCUUAAAAGCACACAUUUUUAAGGGUCACAGCAAAAAGACUGGCGUUUCAUCCAGUGUCCUUCAGGCUCUGUGGAUAAGCUACAGCACGGAUGGACUAUCUGCUGCCUUGGCUUCAUUAAGGAACCUUUAUACUCCAAAUGUGAAGGUGAGUCGUCUAUUGAUGCUGGGAGGAGCCAAUGUAAACUACAGGACAGAGGUGUUGAAUAACGCCCCAGUUGUGUGUGUUCAGUCCCACCUGGGCCAUCAGGAGAUGGCCAGCCUGCUCUUGGAGUACGGGGCUGCUGUGGACAGCGUCUCGGAGCACGGCAUGACCCCCCUCUGCUUCGCGGCAGCCGCAGGUCACACUCACAUAGUGAAUAUGCUCUGCAAGAAGGGAGCAAAGGCUGAUCAUGUAGACAAGAGUGGCCAGUGUGCUUUGGUUCAUGCUGCCUUAAGAGGUUAUCCUGAUAUCAUUGACCUCCUGCUGGAGACUGACUGGGCGCCUGACAUCCAGCAGCAGAACUCUUCUGUGAAAAACAAAGCGCUUCAACAAGCCUUGAUUGCAGCUUCCAGUAUGGGACACAUGCAGGUUGUUAGAAGAUUGCUGGCUUUGGAUAAUGAACAUGCUGUGGAAAUUGAUGGAUGUGAUACACUGUGGGGAGAAACAGCUUUGACAGCAGCUGCAGGACGAGGUAGAGUGGAAGUGUGCAGGUUUCUGCUGGAGCGAGGCGGUGUGGUGCACCAGGUGAACCGGCGAGCCAUCUCCCCAGUGUUCUGCACAGUGAGGCAGGGCCACUGGCAGAUUGCUGACCUUUUGUUACAGCAUGGGGCGGAUGUUAACACAAGUGACAAGCAGGGCAGGACACUGUUAAUGGUGGCUGCGUGUGAAGGCCACUUGAGCACUGUGGAAUUCCUGCUUUCAAAAGGUGCUUCCUUGUCUUCUGUGGAUAAGGAGGGGUUAACUCCGUUAAGCUGGGCAUGCUUGAAAGGACACAAGGCUGUGGUGCAGUUUCUGGUUGAGAAAGGCGCAGUCAUAGAUCAUACUGAUAAGAAUGGAAGGACGCCUCUGGACUUGGCAGCAUUCUACGGGGAUGCUGAAAUUGUUCAUUAUUUGGUGGAGAGAGGUGCAGUGAUUGAGCAUGUUGACUACAGUGGGAUGCGCCCGUUAGACAGAGCUAUUGGAUGUCGAAACACGUCAGUGGUGGUGACCCUGCUAAAGAAAGGAGCAAAGCUGGGCUACAGAACUUCUCCUUAUGAUCGAUCAGGUAAUGCAGCCUGGGCAAUGGUAACCUCCAAACCUGAUAUUCUCAUCAUUCUACUGCAGAAGUUAAUGGAAGAAGGAAAUUGCCUCUAUAAGAAAGGGAAGAUGAAAGAGGCAGCUCAGAGAUACCAGUAUGCUUUGAGAAAGUUUCCUCGAGAAGGAUUUGGGGAUGACCUGAAAGCUUUCAGAGAACUCAGGGUUUCACUGUACCUGAACCUAUCAAGAUGUCGCAGGAAAACAAACGACUUUGGCAUGGCAGAGGAAUUUGCUACAAAGGCACUUGAACUGAAACCCAAAUCAUAUGAGGCCUUUUAUGCCAGAGCAAGGGCCAAGAGAAGUAGCAGGCAAUUUGCUGCUGCCCUUGCAGAUCUACAUGAGGCUGCAAAGCUCUGCUCAAACAACCGUGAGAUAAGGAGGCUGCUGGUUCGAGUGGAGGACGAGUGCAAACAGUUGCAGCACAGCCAGCAGAAACAGCCGGGUGGGCAAAACCUACCACCCCAGAGCAACGAAUCGGACCAUGAGGAAGAAGAGGAGGUGCUGGACCAGAGCCUGGAUAGCCAGGCAACACUGGGGCUUGAGGAGGUUGAUGAGGAAAAUAUUUCUCAGCGUGAGGAAGCAACUGCCGAGUCGCAGCACAGAACACAGAAUGUACAGAAUUUAUAUUCGUUGAACAGAGCACUUCAUGAUGGGGCAGCAGGUUCCCAGCAGAAACCCCGGCCUGUGACUCCUCCAAACCGACAUAAAUACCUGCGAGAACCACUGGCCCAGCAAGGACUGGUCAAGCAGCCAACUAAACAGGCUCAGAUAGUCAAAACUAAUCUGCAUAUGAACUCCUUGCAGUCUGGUGGGCGGUCUGGAAACAAGUCGCAGUCUCAGUACCCCCCGCCAAGCCCAUUGCCAAGCAGGCACAUUUCGAGCGUACUAAAACCCAGUCCUGGCCUAGAGAGUAUCAAUUUGGGGUGUUCAGGUGCAGAUGAUUCAAGAACCAGUCAUGGAGAAAGGCUGGCCUCCACACAAAAUGUCUACCUUUCCAAUGCUGAAAAUAUGCUGUCCUACCACUCCCCCCAGUCAUUCUCCAAUGUGACAAAAACAGCAGAGAGGUUAUCUGCACAUUCUGUACCCUCUUUGGACAUAAUGGCAUCUACAAGCCCAGGACUUCCAGGGGGUGCUCUGGAGAAGGGAAAGGAACCGUCUGCCGGUACAAUGUCGGCAUCUCAGGCCAGCAGUAUGAAAAUCUCCAGUUCAACCAGCAGCUUGGCAUCCAGCAGCAGUCUGUCAGAUAGUGGAAAGCUUCAAGGGCCAGAUGUUCGAAUUAAAACCACUGUAGACAACAAGGCUAAGCAGUGUCAGAGUGGGACUGCAGAGCACAAACCUAGACCAACGCCAUUCAUGGGAAUAAUGGACAAAACUGCAAGGUUUCAACAACUGCAGCAGAGUCUUCAACAGAAUCGCAGCUGGCAUAGCCUUUCAACAGAAGGAUUAGUUACAAACACCAUUUCCACAGGGGGGAUACAGGCAGUUAACUUUGAGCUACCUUAUGCCAAAACAGGGAGUGCUUACCAUGACCAGAUUAAAACUCCAUCUCAGGGUCCUAUGGGAAGCCUUCACAAUGGAAUGCACUCUAAGGAAUUCGGGGAGAAGUUCUGCCAAAAAGCCACCUGUUUCAAGGAACCCAAGCCAGCUGUGGCUGUCCUACAUUCAUUUCCAGACAAUAAACAGCAGUCUCACAUAGCAAGAGAUACUCCCAUCAUUCAUGUUGCUUCUAUGAAACCAAAGCGAUCAUUUAUAGAAUCUAAUGUCUAAGUCUGUUAUUUAACCAUUUUCUUAAACACUUGGUUGAUUAAAAAGUACCUGUAAAAAAUAUGUAAAAUGGAAUUUUAGUUUAAGUUUUAACUUGUUUUCUUAGCAUUUAGAGUUACAUAUUUUACAAGUAACUAUUUGUAUUUUUUUGUAAAUAAUUACCACAAACAGUAUUUAGCUUAGUACUCUGUUUUGCUUCUUUUUUUUUUAUUAACGAGUGUAUAGGUCCAUUAUGCUUCUGUUACAGAAUUGCAUGUGUACUACAUUUCAGCAAAGCUGAAUAUUGCACUGAGUAAUCAUUAUGGCAUGUAAACACAAACAAAACAGUAAUGGCACUUUAUAUGUUAAUAUAUGCCUUUCAGGUGCUUAUGGAAUUAUUAAGGUAUUAUCAUACAUUAUUAGAGAUUAGGUACAACAUAAAGAUGUAUCAUUUCUGUAUUAUAAAAAUGAAUGGUGCUGGUUGAGUGUAAAACUGGAGUGCCAUUCAGUUGUAAUGUAACAGGAGAUUGAUAAAGGUUAUACAUUUGUGUUUGUUUUCUAGUAGGAUACUGAUCCUAAUUUUGUAAAAUAGAAUUCAUUCUUUUAAGAGAAGGUUAAUUUGAGUGUAGUCAAUAAACUUGUGUGUGUAGUUGAGGGUGUUUUGCAUAGUUCUGGGUCCUGGUCCAGGGUCCUGGUUUUCUUACUCAUGUAUAUGUUUGUACACUGUAUAAAUUCCAUAUAAUGUUAAACUGAAUAAUUUCUGUACUUUCUUAAUGUUGCUAACUAGAUUAAUUUAUUUACAGCUACUCUUGCCUGAUCAUUUGUAAAAGCAAUAUAUUUUCUAUAGGUUUUUUUUUUUUUUUUUUUUUUUGCACAGCUACACAUUUUCAGACUUUUAAAAUGGCUUUGACUGGCUUUUGGUUUUAAGUGCAUGCAGCAGUUUCAGUUUCUACCAGCUAUUAUAUUUGAAUAUGUAUGUUAUUGUAAUUACUAAAAUGUCUUCAGUAUUGUGAGCUGUAUUAGCGGUGCUCACAUACUGUAAUAGAACUGUACUGCCAUGACAAUGUGGGACAAAUAAAACGCCCACUGGAAAAUGUACGGUCUCAUAUGUCAGAUUUCUUUUUGAUUUAGCUUCGAUAUAAAAUAUAAUUUGCUGGCUAGCCUGUACACAAGUUCAGGAAAAUCAAUUAAACUAGUGAAACAAGCCUGGCAAGUCACGAGCAGCUGCUCUCUGCUUCUGAUUUAAAACUGUGUAGACUUUUCAACAAAAAUGUACUUUACAUGAAGGCGUGUAGUGAGUUGUGUUUAUUGUAUAAGAUUCACUGUUGUCAGCACAACAUUUGUGACAGAAUAAUAAAGUCUGUAUACUUCUGGAAAAUAUUGAAACGUUAAUUACAAUCAAGGAGACCGACCUUUAAAAAGAUAGUUGCCGUGACAACACAAGUUUGGUACCCUAUCUGUGGUCAAAAUCAUUAGAAAAUAACAAACACAGGAGUAUUGUAAUUAUGUUCCCAUUGUUAUGGUGUUCCCAGUCUGUUUAGUUUAUUCAGUACACCUGCAAAAUAAGUGAAUUAAGAAGCCUUGCCUCUGUGAUAUUUAGUAUUUAAUAACCUCUCAAGCGAGAACAAAUACAACACAUAUGCUUAAAGUGUUAAGUGAAAAAGAUGUAAACUGGGUUGCCUUAUUUUAUGAUAUAGUAUGUACUUCUUAAAUGGCACAGUAGUUAAAAGCAGAAGAGUUCUCUGUAGAUACAUCAAUUACUUGUGGGUCCCAUGACAACUGUUACUGCCAUACAAUCUAUUUAUUUUUACUUCAACUGAUUCAAGAAGUGUUUGAAUCAUCAUACAAGGAAAAUCCAAUAACAUAACCUUAAUAUACUGUAGAUUGGCUGCCAACUCAGGCAGAUUUUCACCUUAACAUGCUCCCACAUGUUAUGGUGAUCCUUUCUCACAGAACUAUUGUCAUAAUUUCACUAGCUUUUGCAAUACUGUUAAGGCUAAAUGAAAAUAGCAUGGCCUCUUAUCUGUGGUUGCAAUGUAAUUAUUUUACUUGCGGUAUGAAGGUGUAGUGACUACUGUAUAACAUUAAUUUGACAAUACAUUACUAAAAGCCAAUUUUGUAAUAUCAAUUUGUGAAAUCAACCUUAAUUUAAAUAAAAAAAAAAGUAUUAAAUACAACCAAACUUCAGUUUCCAGUAAACAUUUAACAACUAAAUCUAUAUAUAAAUACAUUUGCAUUGUAGCGCUUGAUUUCUUGAUUUCGUGCCAAAGAAGGUGCUUAACAUGUUUCAUCACUGUUGGACAAGCAAUUGUCAUACAGCCAGCUUCCAUAUACCCCCAGAUUAUAAUGAGCUGUUCUAAACAAUGUGAUUAGCAAGUUUCAUUGGAAA